AUGGGAUUGAAACCAUAUCUUGGCCUUCGUGGCAAUUCACUUCUCCGAGCAGCGGUUUUCCUAGUUGUUUGCCCGACUUUCACGUGUUAUGGAUAUAACAUGAGCGUGGCUGGUGGCCUCUUGACACUUCCUACUUUCAACAACCAGUUCCCUCGCAUGGACACUAUCAAUACGACUGGAGCAUUGCAACAUGAGAACUCGACUAUUCAAGGCACGGUCAUCGCCCUCUACACUGUCGGCGGUAUCUUCGGAGCCCUAUCAUGCGUCUACCUCGGUGACCUCCUAGGACGGAAGAAAGUUAUCUUCUGGACCAACCUGAUCAACAUUAUCGGCGCCCUUCUCAUGGCAACAUCCUUCGAUUUUGCCCAGUUCAUCGUCGCAAGAUUAAUCCUCGGUGUCGGCAUUGGAGGAUACGUCGCUACAGUACCCGUUUGGCAGUCGGAAAUCUCACCAGCACACAAGCGAGGCUCGAAUGUUGUUACCGACGGAAUCUUUGUCGGUCUCGGGGUGACUAUAGCGCUUUGGAUCGAUCUCGGCUUUUAUUUCGUGAAAGAAAACUCUGUCUCCUGGCGAUUCCCUCUCGCAUUCCCUAUACUCAUGUCCGCCAUAGCCAUGGCUUCCAUCUUGGUGCUUCCGGAGUCACCACGCUGGCUGAUUAAGGUUGGUCGGGUUGAAGAAGCCCGGGAAGUCAUGUCAGCUCUCCAAGAACUUGAGCUUGACUCGCAGACAAUCACCGAUAGUAUCCAACAAAUUCAGACCACCCUUUCUGUCUGCGGAAACACCUCCUGGACUGCGAUGUUCACGAAUGGAGAGCAGCGUCUCUUUCAUCGUGCGUAUUUGGCGGCCACUGGCCAGUUCUUCCAACAGAUGUGUGGUGUUAAUUUGAUUACCUACUAUGCGACCAGUAUCUUCCAGCAAUAUCUCGGUCUCGACGCCGUGAAGUCCCGUAUCCUCGCUGCAUCUAUGGGCUUAAUGCAGCCCUUUGGCGGCUAUCUUGCAUACUAUACAAUCGAUAGACUCGGUCGCCGACCACUCAUGCUCUGGAGUGCCGGAGCCAUGUGCAUCUGCAUGGCCAUUCUCGCGGGUACAACAUCACCCGGAGCAGCCGAUAGCACCGCUGCUCUAGUGGUUGCUGUGAUUGCACUCUUCUGCUUCCAAUUUAUCUUCACGACUGGAUACUCAGGUCUCACUUUCCUCUACGCUGCCGAAAUGGCUCCCCUACAGGUUCGGGCUGCAGUCAGUGCAGUCUCUACUGCUACAGUAUGGGUGUUCAACUUCUUGCUUGCUGAAGUGACGCCUAUCGGCUUUUCGACCAUCGGGAACAAGUACUAUAUUGUGUUUGCAGUGGUCAAUGCGGCCAUUGUGCCAUCUGUUUACUUUUUCUUUCCUGAGACUAAGGGACGGACGCUGGAGGAGAUCGAUGAGAUCUUUGCUCAGUCGAAGAAUAUCUUUGAUCCACCUCGAGUGGCACGUCGGAUGCAGUUGCAAUCGAAUCGACCAGAUUCGGAGAAUAGUGGUUCUAAGAGCGAAUAUGUUCACGAAGAGGUCAAGGCCUAG